GCACUUCCUCAAUUAAAUUUCUGAGCGUGGCAUCAUCAUCCCGAAUGAAAAUUGCUUUGCACUUAGCAAGAAGUGCAGCUGUGUUUGCUCGAUUUGCGUACAGACAGCACUUUAUUCGAUCGUUUUCUGUGGCUCAUAAUCUUUGUAAAUCUGCGAAUGACAAUCUGCUGUGGGGAUCCAAGCAGAAAAAUAUCAGGAAUCUAAAACCAAAAGGGGUGAACUUGAAUUUUAGAAUGGCAGAUUCAAAAACAGAAGAAAUCCUUGCUCCACUCCGAAAGAGUGUCAAGGAACAGGGUGAUCUGGUCAGGAAGUUGAAGCAGGACAAAGCUCCGGAAAUCGAUGUCAACUUGGCUGUCAAAGAGUUAAAGGCACGAAAGAAAGCUCUGGAGGAGAAGGAGUUGUCUUUAGUUCCAGCAGAUGAGCAGAUCGACCGUCUAAAGUUGGAAGAUUUGCUGAAACAGAGAUUCUUCUAUGACCAAUCUUUUUCAAUAUAUGGAGGUGUUCAGGGUCUGUAUGACUUUGGCCCCAUGGGAUGUGCCAUGAAGUCCAACCUCAUCAACAUGUGGAGGAACUUCUUCAUCCUUGAGGAGCAGAUGUUAGAAGUGGACUGCUCCAUGUUGACACCUGAGGUCAUUCUAAAAGCAUCUGGUCAUGUUGAACGUUUCUCGGACUACAUGGUAAAAGAUUUGAAAAAUGGGGAAUGUUUUCGAUGCGAUCAUUUCAUUGAAGCCUUUCUAGAAAAGAUGAUAUCAGAGAAGAAAACGCCAGCAAAUGUUAAAGAAGAGUGUAGGAAACAUAUCAUGACUAUUGACAACCUAAAUCGAGAUGAGAUGGCUGCGUUGAUGAAGAAGUACGACAUGAAGUCACAGAAUGGCAAUGAAUUGUCUGAACCGUUGGAGUUUAAUCUCAUGUUUGCAACAUCUAUAGGACCAGCUGGAAAUGUGAAAGGUUUUCUUCGACCAGAGACUGCUCAGGGUAUAUUUGUCAACUUCAAGCGUCUGCUUGAAUUCAAUCAAGGGAAACUCCCGUUCGCCGCAGCUCAAAUCGGUGCCGCCUUCAGGAAUGAAAUCUCACCUCGUGCUGGCCUUAUCCGCGUCCGCGAGUUCACCAUGGCGGAGAUUGAAUAUUUCUGUGAUCCAGCGGAAAAAGACCACCAUGAAAAGUUUGAUAUGGUUGCCGAUCUCGAGCUGGCGUUGUUUUCUGCUUGUAACCAGAUGGAUGGGAAGGGACCAGAGUUGGUGAAACUAAAAGAUGCUGUUGCAAAGAAAUUAAUCGCCAACGAAUCUCUUGGGUAUUUCAUUGGGCGAAUCUAUCUCUUUUUGACCAAAGCCGGCGUGGAUCCCAAUAAACUGCGCUUCAGACAACACAUGGCUAACGAGAUGGCUCAUUAUGCGUGCGACUGCUGGGAUGCUGAAUGUAAAACAUCUUAUGGUUGGGUCGAGUGCGUUGGGUGUGCGGACAGAUCCUGUUUCGAUCUUUCGCACCACGCAAAGGCCACUGGAGUCCGAUUGUGUGCCGAGAAGAAGCUGCCUCAACCCAAGGUGGUGGAUGUUGUCGAGUGUCAGGUGCAGAAGAGUGUCAUUGGAAAAGUGUUCAAGAGAGAAGCCAAAUUAGUUACUGAAUACUUAACCCGUUUAGAGGAAAAUCAAAUCAGUGAACUAGAAAAUGUGCUCAAGGAGAAGGGCGAAACAACUGUGACGAUUGAUGAAAAGCCGUUCCUUUUGAAACCGGAGAUGAUAAAUGUGAAAAGGUUCCAGAAAACAGUUCAUGUUGAAGAAGUGAUGCCAUCUGUGAUUGAACCCUCGUUUGGCAUUGGGCGAAUCAUGUACGCCAUCUUUGAACAUAACUUUCGGAUACGAGAGGGUGACGAACAGAGAACGUAUAUCAGCCUACCUUCAGUUAUAGCGCCUUACAAGUGUUCAGUGAUACCUUUGAGUGGAAAUCCAGACUUUAUACCUUUCACCAAACAGCUCUCUGCUGCCCUCACCAAACAUGACGUACCCCAUAAAACUGAUGACAGCAGCGGGUCUGUCGGCAGGAGAUACGCGAGAACUGACCAGAUUGCGAUUCCAUUUGGUAUCACGAUAGACUUUGACACAGUGAACAAGACGCCCCACACGGCAACACUGAGGGAGAGAGACUCGAUGAAGCAGAUCAGAGCUGAUAUCGAUGAGCUUCCAAAGAUCGUGAGUGACUUGGCCAACGGCAGACGGACAUGGGAGGACUGUCUGAAUAAUUACGAAAUCUUUGAGCAACAGGAAACUACAAAAUAGACAUUUUCAACAUUUACAAGAAGGUUGAACGUAUUGAACACUUCAGAUAGCAUUCUCUAAAGCUUGUGGAUUUCACAUUAUGUAGGUCUCUCACAGAUUCGAGUCCUCAUUAAAAAACUUUUAAUGGAAAACUGGUACUUGUACAUGUAAGAGAACAUUUCAUGGAGAUAACUAUGGUUUGCAGUAGGUUUCUCUAGUCUUAGAAAAAACGGUGCCUCUCGCUCUGUGCCUGAGGAUUAUCAAAGCUUCGAGAGAAUGCAUGUAAUCCACUAUAAUUCAUCUUCAAACAGUCAUGUAUUGUGAUGUGCUAAACUAUUAAA